GUCGCGCCCGCGUCCGCGUCCAUCCCCCGGCCGCAGACCCCGCGCUCCCCCCCCACCCCCGCGCCCUACCGCCACCUGCUGCGCGGUGCCGCCGGCCCUCGACGCUGCGGCCGGGGGUCAGCGCGCACCCCGGCGGAGCAGCUCCCGUGUGUCCCCGCGGACUGAGCCCUUCCCGGCGCGCUUGCCAAGCACGGCCACGCUCCGGUGCCAGUAAUUAGAAAGACGCUUCUGUGGUUGCUACCCACGUGGCUGUGGACAUGGCCUGCACUGUCCUCCUCUCUGCCCUCGUCUCUGGCUUUUCAGCGUUAUAUGCAGUGAGCUGGACAUGAUUUCCACAAGGGUGAUGGACAUCAAGCUUCGGGAAGCUGCUGAAGGCCUCGGGGAGGACGGCACAGGAAAGAAAAAAUCCAAAUUUAAAACGUUUAAGAAGUUGUUUGGGAAGAAGAAGAGAAAGGAAUCGCCUUCAUCCACGGGAAACAGCACCUGGAAGCAAAAUCAGGCCAAGAGCGAGGUCAUUCCCAUCGAGUCGGGGCCGGUGGGCUAUGACUCCGAAGAUGAGCUGGAGGAGUCCAGGGGCACUCUGGGCAACCGUGCCCUUUCACACGACAGUAUUUUCUUUCCUGAAUCGGGGCAGGACCCUGCUCGGCCUGUGCGGGUGUUUUCCCAAGAAAAUGUGUGUGACCGGAUCAAGGCCUUGCAGUUAAAGAUACAAUGUAAUGUGAAGAUGGGGCCGCCGCCUCCAGGAGGCAUUCCUACCAAGAGGGCAGAGGAGACUGGUAUGAGCUCUGAGGAUGACGGACUGCCCCGGAGCCCCCCAGAGAUGUCCCUGCUGCAUGAUGUGGGUCCAAGCCCAACUAUAAAGAUCUUAGUGUCCUCAUCGCGGCCACAGUCUCCUGACCACGCGAGUGAUGCCACCGUCUCCUCCCGGACCUUGGAUGGCAGCCUGGCACCUGUGGCUGACUUCAGCCACCCUCCAGAAAUCUCCUCUUGCCUGGAUAACUCUGCAGCUAAACACAAGCUCCUGGUUAAGCCCCGCAACCAGAGAUCAAGUAAAAUGAGGCGCCUGUCUUCGAGGGCACAGUCUGAAUCCCUGAGUGAUCUGUCAUGGACCCUGGAGGAGGAAGAAUAUGAAGGGAAACGAUUACUCCGAGUCAAUACAGAAGACCAUCCCAGUGCUGGGCAGCGGGAUUUGAUGCUGGGCAGAAGGCCUGAGUUUGGACCCUUGCUGCUCCCUGGAGGGGCCUGUGCCAGACGUGCUCGCCUACAGCACAGCAUGGCAGUCAGUGCCAGCAUGGAGGAGGGCGGUUCUCCUGGAGAUGAACCCUCAAGCCAGCGGGCUACGCCAGAGGUCACCGAGCCCAUGGCAGUCUCAGUUCCAUGCCCAGGAACCCCAUCUCUGCCAGAAGGUUCUCCGUACCAUAUUCCCCACGGUGAAAUCCAGAAGGAACAGCUGUCCUCUGGAGGCCUGAGUCCUCUAGUAGAGAGCGUAUCUGAGGAGAUUGUUUGUGGUUCUGGAGAUGUGGAAACUCCAUUAUCUGAUGUCCCUGAGGGAGGCAUGGCACCUUCCAAGGAGGACUCUGCAGCACCUCCUGAGGGAGACGCAGCAUUUCCCAAAGGGGACACAGCACUUCCUGAAGGGGAGACUCAUCCUUCCAAAGAGGAUGUGAUACCUCCUGAGGGAGAUACAACACUCCCCAAGGGGGUCAUGGCACCUCCUGAGAGAGACAUGUCACCUCCAGAGGGAGACAUGUUGCCUUCCAAGGGGGAUAUGACACCUCCCAAGAGGAUCAUGGCACCUCCAGAGACAGACAUGUCACCUUCCAAGGGGGAUGUGACACCUCCCAAGAGGAUCAUGGCACCUCCAGAGACAGACAUGUUACCUUCCAAGGGAGAUGUGGCACCUCCCAGGAGGAUCAUGGCACCUCCAGAGAUAGACAUGUCACCUUCCAAGGGAGACAUCGCACCUCCAGAGAGAGACAUGUCACCUUCCAAGGGAGAUGUGGCACCUCCCAAGAGGAUCAUGGUACCUCCAGAGAGAGACAUGUCACCUUCCAAGGGAGAUGUGGCACCUCCCAAGAGGAUCAUGGUACCUCCAGAGAGAGACAUGUCACCUUCCAAGGGAGAUGUGGCACCUCCCAAGAGGAUCAUGGCACCUCCAGACACAGACAUGUCACCUUCCAAGGGAGACAUCGCAUCUCCAGAGAGAGACAUGUCACCUUCCAAGGGAGAUGUGGCACCUCCCAAGAGGAUCAUGGCACCUCCAGACACAGACAUGUCACCUUCCAAGGGAGACAUCGCACCUCCAGAGACAGACAUGUCACCUUCCAUGGAAGAUGUGGCACCUCCCAAGAGGAUCAUGGCACCUCCAGACACAGACAUGUCACCUUCCAAGGGAGACAUGGCACCCCCCAAAGAGAUCAUGGAACCUACCAAUAGGGACAGGGACACAAUACUUCCAAAGGGAGAGGCACCAACUCUUGAGACUGUCACUGACACCAUCUUGGAGACACCCUCAGAUACAGAGGGACAGGACCAAAGUGUCCAGAAGGAGGAGGAGCUGACCCUGGUGGUACCCAGGCCUGAGGGAGCAGGGACAGAGUCCUCCACAGCCCCUUCCCCGAGCCCACCAGUACCCAAGAGCUGCCUGAAGCACAAGGCGUUGGCCUCCGGUGGGUCCCCCGGAGAGUCUCCUCUGAAAGACCCCAGCCCUGGAGUCCAGGACAGAGCAGUUGUGCCCCCGGCCCGGUCCAGGCCUGCGCAGGCUGCGACAUCAGGGGGUCCAGAGAAGGCAGCCCUGGGGAAGAAGAGCGAGCGGAGUACUGAGCCACCGCGCAGCGUUAAGAGGUUCUCCGUGACCUCAAGCAGAGCGCGUGCCCGGGCCAGCAGCUCUCGCCUUCCGGAACAUUCCGGCCAUGCGCCUGCAGGGGGCCGUGCACCUUUACUACGGAGUGGCCUUGCCUGGAGGAGUGAGGCAGCUCUUGAUGACCUGCAGGUGCUGCCAGAGCCCCAGGACAGGAAGACUAUGGGUGGUGACCCUCAAGUCUCAGGGGACAUGGGGGCCGGCCAGGCAGGACCAAGCAGGAGCCUCCAGGACAGGAAGACUAUGGGUGGUGACCCUCAAGUCUCAGGGGACACGGGGGCCGGCCAGGCAGGACCAGGCAGGAGCCUCCAGGAUGCUGAUCCUUGUGUAAAGGAGCCAGCCCCUGGAGAGGACCAGAGCCCCUUCCCAGUCAAGCUACGGUCCACCUCGCUCUCGCUCAAGUACAGAGACGGCUCUGCCCAGGAGGCGAAAGCCAUCAAGAGGUACAGCGCGGAAGUCAGGUUGGAGAGAGGAGGUCUGACUCCGCUCCCCAAGGAUGAACAGAGCCAUGCCGGGGCUGCCCCUGCACUGCGAAGUUCCAGGUCCCCCAAUGGGCAAGGGAAAGGGAAGUCCAGGUCUCCUGAGCAGCCCAGUACCAAGCCACCCCUGCCCAGGAAGCCUCUCCUGCCGAGCCUCACCCUGCCCUACCCACCUGCAGGCCUGGAUGCCAGCCCCGGGGAAUCUGAGAGACUCAUACCGGUCAUCCUGCCUCCCGAGCCCAGGAAGGAGAAGUCGCCCCGCCAGGGAGCUGAAAAGGCUCAGCCUCCUGCUGCUACAGGUCCUGGGGCUGGUGGGCAACCCACCCCACCCUGGAUCACCAUGGCCCGGCAGAAGCGAAGAGGAGCCCCAGACCUGCCCGUCAACCAGGAAGACAAGUCUGGGUCACGGAUCCUGAAGACAGAAACUGGAAAGCAAACCCAGGAGCCUGUGAAGCAGGGUGACUUUGUCCGAAGCAAAUCUUUCCUAAUGACCCCUGCAAAGCCUCCUGUGACCCAGAGGCAGGGAUCAAAGUUGAGCCUCAAGGAGGGACUACAGAGAGGAAUCUCACUGUCCCACCAGAACUUGGCAGCUCAGGCUGCAGCGAUGACAGAGAAGGAGUUGCAUCAGCUGAAGAGAGCCAGUUAUGCGAGUUCAGAUCAGCCGUCCUGGAUGGAACUCGCCAGGAAGAAAUCGCAAGCUUGGAGCGACAUGCCCCAAAUCAUAAAAUAGAUUGGCAGCCUGCUGAUGAAGGAUGUCCACUGCAUUGACGGGCCACUUAGUUUUAAACUGCCAAUAAAUCACGGCAAACAGACUGUGAAACUUCAGAUUGAUUUUUGUCAUCGAAUUAUGAUGUGCUCGGGGAAGAGAGAGGAACCAGGUGGAUCAAAGAAGACAAGAGAGCCUCAGUCCUGAGCCAGAGGGGCUGCAGCAGGAGGAACCCUGUAAAAGCUCCUUCCUGUGCUGAGGUACCAGUGUGAGCCUUCAGCAUCCACUUUCUAAAGAGGCCCCAAUAGCCAGCGAAUGGAAGUGAAGAGAGGUGAAUGUUGGAUGUCCUUUAAGAACAGAACUGGAACUUCUUAUGAGUUCUAGGUCUGGGCUGUCCCUUGUCAUCAGCCAGUGCCUCUGGCCACUGUCUUGCCGUGGACCAUCGUCGUCUUUUGUGUUUACUAAUAGGCAUGAUGUUUAUGGGAAAGCAGGGAUGUCGUUUACAAGAGCAGCUACGGAACAGUCUGGUUUCCUGAAGCUAUCCACCCUUGAGCAGGGGAGGAUGGGACGUGACAGGGUUUGUCAACUCAUAGACUGUUUCCAAAAAUAAUUUUUAAACUUUUCCACUAGGCAUCUGUGUCCUGAACCAUUGCACAAUGCAUUGCCUGUUUAAUAAAAGAUUUCAAACACG